GCACACCAAUCCACAUAUCUCCAUCCUCCUUCCUUAAUCUCCCAUAAAACCCUCAUAUACACUCCCUCCACACCGCAACAAUGGGUUCCAGCGCCAAAAAGAAGAAGGAGAAGCGUCAGGACUUCCAGAAAGCCAAACUCAGAGUCGGCAAAGCCAAAGGCAAGCCCGAAAACUUUACCGACACGAGCUUCAAGACCAAGGGUAUAACCCUAACCCAACAAUCCCUGACAUUAACCGCCCCUUCUACCCAAUCCCAAUUCACACAUCAUGUCUCCCUCCUAAACUCCAAGUCGGACGCUCAGCGCCGCGACUCCCUCGCCCACCUAACCACCCACAUCACCUCCAAACCCACCUCCCAGCCCCUCCCUCAACCCGUAAGCACUCUCCUCCCCACCCUCUCCCCCCUCAUGCUAGACGCAAACACAAACGUGCGCACCCAACUCCUCAAACUCCUCCGUGCCCUGCCCCCAUCCGACGUGGAAGACCACGUCGUCCAACUCAUGCCUUACAUCCGCGCCGGCAUGACCCACCUGGCGGCUGAUAUCCGCGUCACUGCCAUUGAGGUGCUCUCGUGGCUGGUUGAGAUCGCGGGGUCGGCAGUUGUCUCGUGCGCAGGUGGCUGGAUCAAGACUCUCAAUUGCUUUCUCUCGGUGUUGGGGUGGCAUACGGAGGAGUCGUCGAAGUGGUCGUCGACUCGGGCUGCGUUUGGGAAGGCGGGUGCCAAGGGGAAGCCCAUGGUGAAGGUGUUGGGUGUUUUGGCGGAGUUUUUGGAAGCGGGGAUUGGUGAGGAGGAUGAGGAUGUGGAGAGUGGAUAUGGGAGCGGCGAUGGAGGGUUUCCAAUUGUGCAGACCGACGUGCAUAUGAUGCCGAAGACGGCGCAGCCGUAUGUGUAUUUGAAUUUGUUUGGGUCGCCGAGAGAUGAGGAGGGGGAGAUGUAUGAGACUAGGGAGGAGAGGUUUCGGGUGUUCAAGAGUCGGUUUUUGGUCGCGGUUGAGCGCGGGGUCGAGAGUGCGAAGCAGGAUGGCGGCGAGGUUGGACGGGCGUCGUCCGCUGUGAGUAAGGUGUUGAAGGAGGCCAGGGGCGUCGAUUGGGAGGGUUGAUGGGUUGUGUUCAUUCUGGCGUUGUGUGGAUUGUUUUUGGGUCCGUUUCUUUGUCUGCUACGGGUGUAUGGUAUAGAUUUGUUAUAUUGUGUGUGUGCUAUGUGCUUGAUGAUUAGAUUAAAA